AUGGACGCGCGACGGGUCGGAGGCCGCAUCGCGGCGGCGCGGAGGGCGCUCGCCGCGGGGGGCUCGCUGCCCGUCCCCGUGCUGCGGAUCACCAACGGCCUGGCGAUGAUCUCGCUCGUGCUCUCCUCCUGCGACCUGCUCCGCCUCUGCAGCGACAGCAGCCGCCCGCUCCGCUUCCCGCUCGGCGGCCGCGAGUUCGCCACCGUGCUGUGCCAGCUCGCCUCCGUCGUCUACCUCCUCAGCCUCUUCGGCGUCCCCUCCGGCUCCGGGCACCCCAAGGCCCCCGCCGGCGGCGACGAGGGCGGCGGCUCCCCGCACCCGGCGCGCGCCGCUGCCAACGCGCCCGAGGCAAUGCAUGCCGGCGUGGAGGGCGGGGACGAGGAGAUCGUCGCGGCUGUGGUGUCCGGGGCGCUUCCGUCGCACCACCUGGAGUCGCGCCUCGGGGACUGCCGCCGCGCGGCCAGGCUGCGGCGGGAGGCGCUCCGGCGGGUCUCGGGGCGGGGCGUCGAGGGGCUCCCGUUCGACGGGAUGGACUACCAGGCCAUCCUGGGGCAAUGCUGCGAGAUGCCCGUCGGCUACGUGCAGGUGCCGGUGGGGGUCGCCGGCCCGCUUCUCCUGGAUGGGCGCCAGUACCACGUCCCCAUGGCUACCACCGAGGGAUGUCUCGUCGCCAGCGUGAACCGCGGGUGCAGGGCCAUCGCCGCGUCCGGGGGCGCCGUGAGCGUGCUGCUCCGGGAUGCCAUGUCCCGCGCGCCCGUCGUCAAGCUGCCGUCCGCCAAGAGGGCCGCCGAGCUCAAGUCGUUCGUGGAGGCAGCUGCCAAUUUUGAGACUUUGGCUUCUGUCUUCAAAAGGUCUAGCAGAUUUGGCAGGCUUCAGGGUAUUCAUUGUGCACUUGCUGGUAGGAACCUUUACAUUAGGUUCACUUGUAGCACCGGAGAUGCUAUGGGAAUGAACAUGGUGUCAAAAGGUGUAGAGAAUGUCUUGGGCUACCUGCAGAAUGAUUUCCCCGACAUGGAUCUCAUCAGCCUGUCUGGUAAUUACUGUUCAGACAAGAAGCCUACAGCUGUAAACUGGAUAGAAGGUCGUGGGAAAUCUGUUGUUUGUGAGGCUACAAUCAAAGGAGGGGUUGUGCAGAGUGUUCUUAAGACCACUGUACAAAAACUCGUCGAGCUUAACAUUAUAAAAAAUCUUACUGGAUCAGCUGUAGCUGGAGCUCUUGGAGGUUUCAAUGCCCACGCUAGCAAUAUCGUAACUGCCCUAUUCAUUGCUACGGGGCAGGAUCCUGCACAAAAUGUUGAAAGCUCACAAUGCAUAACCAUGUUGGAGGCCGUGAAUGAUGGAGACGACCUUCACAUAUCUGUGACCAUGCCUUCCAUUGAGGUAGGUACUAUUGGAGGUGGCACUUGUCUUGCCUCACAGGCCUCUUGUCUGAACCUGCUCGGUGUUAGGGGUCCGAAUGGUGACUCGCCUGGGGCAAAUGCUAAGCUCCUGGCUACCAUUGUUGCUGGCAGCGUGCUCGCGGGUGAGCUCUCUCUCCUGGGGGCCCUUGCAGCUGGCCAACUUGUCAACAGCCACUUGAAGUACAACCGAUCAAACAAAGAUGUUGCUAGUGCUGCUUCUUGA